AGGUUGGAGGUAGCGGCUUCGAAUCGCGUUGUUACCCAGGAUGUCUGCGUGCAGUCUUUCUGUAUUCUGCUAUCUGUCUUUUUAUUUGACAAAAGUUUAUAAGCCUAAAUUGAGCACACAAACCUGCAAAUGUAUGUAGAUCCAAUAAACCAUGCCGCCAUUUAAUUCUAUAGUGAACAUAAUAUGAGAUGAGAGGUGAGCAAUUGAGGCUUUAGUUUCGAUAUACAAAAUGCAUGUUUUUAAGUCGUCAAGAGCCUUAACUAGAAGAAAAAAAUAGUUUGGUUAAAGUUCUUAUAAGCGAAGGGAUUAACCGGAAAAGAUUUGACGCCCAUAUUUAGCGUCUCUUAAAAUAUCAAUUUUUGAAGUCACAAUGUGUCUGAAACUUGUGUUGUGUUUCUUCGGGAUUAAAUUUUGUGGACAUUUUUUCUUUCAGAGAAAAAUAUCAACAUCUUCCAAUGGUGUUUCGAUACUGGUUGAAUUAUUUCCUAUUUUCUGUUAUUGAUGCUGGUUGAAUUAUUCCUGCCUUCGUGUUUUUAAUCAGAUUUAUGACAGGAUUCUGUAGCUCUUGGAUGGAAAUAAUCAUCUCGUGAAAAUAAUAAACUUGGAUGGAAAUAAUCUGUUUGAAACAGAUUGAUCUUUUCGAAGCAUGGUCUUGUGACUGAAGAAUCAUUCAUUUGUUCUAAAGAUAUUUUUUUAAAUAUGAACCAAGUUACGAUACACUGCGGAACAAUGCCCCCCCCCCCUUGAAUCAUCGCUAAGUGGGUCGCUAGGAUGAGCAAUGAUUUUUUAUGUAUUGCAAGCGGCACAGAAACUCCAUUUAAGAUGUGGCAAGAUAUAGAAAGUGUGCUACUGGGUGAAUCCGCUUCUUCUGAGUCAAGAACUCAAAUGUACUCUUAUACUGCAGAACCUUGUACACAACAAAGUCCCAAGCUCAAUCAGUCACAAGAUAAUGCUACUAGCUCACCCAAUAACUUUUAUUCGUACUCACAUCCUCAUUCGUACCAUUUGCAACAAGUAGCACAUCAGCAGCAGCAACAGCAACACUACUUAAACCCCACGGUAGUUGGGGCAAAAUAUCCCACCAAUAACGGCUAUACUUAUGGACCUUACAGAAAUUCCUACAAGCGUGAAAACACAAAAUCGAACGCUUGGGACAUGAUGGGGAAGUUGAACGCUAACGACUGUUCAAAUAUGAGUUACAACUCCAAUUUCCCAAUGAAUGGUGGAUUUCCAACCAAUAAUAAACACGAUCCAAUGAUGAACUCUGUGUACAACGGCCAUCCCAAUUCAUACAACGCAACGUUAGCGUCCAUACAAUCUCAUAUGUCACCACCAGCGUCCCCAGAGACAUCCACAAAUCCCCAAAAAACCACUAGCCUCGAUGGCUAUUCUGCUACUAGUUCGACGAACAGUCGUCCUUCUAUGAUGUCUGGUUAUGGCUAUGGUAUGGCCAACAACGUCAUGACCACGCAAUCCCAUUUUCGAAUGAUGACACCACCUUCCUCACCGCACCUCGCCGAUUUACUGGCAGCAGGGAAUGCCUACGGUCUUAACAGGCCGCAAACCAACCAUCCACCUUCGCAAUUGCUUCCUCCUGGUCUGGGUGCCAUUCCACCAGCAACGAAGCACAGGAGGGGACGUAGAAGCACCGGAAGGAAGAAAAUCACAGUCCACACGUGUUCUCAUCCUGGUUGUUCGAAAACGUACACCAAAAGCUCUCACCUGAAAGCUCAUUUGAGGACUCACACCGGCGAGAAGCCAUAUCAGUGUAACUGGAAAGGAUGUGGAUGGAAAUUCGCACGAUCGGACGAGUUAACUCGGCAUUACCGGAAACAUACCGGAGAUAGACCUUUUCAGUGCAGACUUUGUGAGAGGGCAUUCUCGAGAUCGGAUCACCUUUCGUUGCACAUGAAAAGGCAUGCGACGGUGUAACAUAUCGACUUAUUGCAUAAACAAUCGAGAUAGAACUUACCUCAUUUUAUGUGAUAAAUACAAUUUUAAUUGAUUUUAUUAUACAAUAACGAGCUUUUUUUUGCUACAAAGUGGAACUGGAUGAACUUGUUAGUGAAGUUUUUUUUUUAUCCAUUUUGAAAACUUGUACAAAAUGUCCUCAACAGUUCUAAGCUUUGUUUUUGGAAUCGGUCCUUCGAUUGAGCUUAUAUUUUUUUCGUACUCUGAAUCAAAACAUAAUUCAUCCGCCAUUUUUAGAAUUAUGAGCAAGAAAUCAAAAUAUGAGCCUUCAAGCUUCUACUGAUUCUGGUUUAGUCACCAGGUAUUUAGCCUUAGAAGAAAAUUGGAAGUCGUUAGAUCAAAGAUAAGGAAGUACAUGACAACGAAUCAUAUGCUCAAAUGAAAACCCUGAACAAAUUAGUCAUUACAAAAAUUCCAUUUUUAUUUAUUUAGAUUAUUUCUACUUAAGACUGUAAAAUUGCAGUUUAUGAAUUUUCGUGUUCUAAACUUUUCGUUCAUUGAGUUCUAAUCUCAUAAUUUACAAUGAUUGUGCCUUUUCAUUAAUGAUUGUGCCUUAAGUCAUAAUGAUUGUGCCUCAAGUCACAUGAAUGUGUAAAUAAUUAUUUGUAAUAUUUCAAAAUUUGGUGCUUCGAUGUUUCACAAAUGUGAAAAAUGUACAUUUUUACUGUUUAAAAAAAAUUAUUUUUUUAAAGUUUUGUGCUAUGCUAUGAUGAUUUCUAAAUUACAUGAAUUAAAAUGUAUAUCAAAUGAAAAAUUUUUUGAUACACAUCUGUGUAUCAAAAAUGAUACAUUUGAAGGAUGAAUAUGUUGAUAAAUGUUUUUAUAAACAUCAAACAGAAAUUUAUAUUCGUUAUGAAUUUUGGAUUAUUUGAUGCUUUGUUUGAAAAUUAAAAACAGGAAAAUAGUUGUAAAUGUUACAAAUUGUGAACUCUCUGUGAUAUAUAGCUGUAAUUUAGUGCAUGAACAUGAGUCUUAAGAAAAAUUAACUAGUAAUUUCCAUUAUAGUUUGAGUUUUAAUUUUUAAAUACAUUAAGAGUCCCCUGACGUUAGUUAAAUACAUAAAGUUUUAUAUUUUUCUCUCCUUUUUAAUAGUUCUUUUCAAUGGCUAUUAAUGGCAAUGCCUUAUAGUGUAACACAAGUAAAAAGUUUGGAAAUUGGAUGAAUGAGUUUGCACUUUUUAAAAAUUUAAAAAAAAAUGUUCUAACAUUAUAAAAAUACAAACCGAGAAACGCCCUAAAUAUUUUAAAGAAUCCCUUAGAAGAGCAAAAGAAUCCAAAAGUUCAACAAAAAAAAAUUAUAAAUAAAUAUAAAUAAAUGCAAUAGCCUUGGCCUUAAUGAUAAUAAGUUUCAAUUCCUUAAUUUUUAGAAACGAUUCUUUUGUUUUCAGAAGAGUUCCUGUUUCAACUUGUUUAAAAAUUAAUCUGAGACUCCUAAUGUGCAUUAUGUUUUUAAAUCAUAUUUGACAAGGUUUAAAGUUUUAUAUCAAUUUUAAAUCAAAAUUUUUCAUGCUAUAACAAGGAUUUUUCACAUUAUUUUUACAAAUUUUGUAGCAAUACUAAACAUUUUGGAUGAUCAAGGAAUAUUUUCUAAAAAACAGUUUUCAAUUAUUAUCCAUAAAAGAUUUUGAAAUCACUUGUAUUUUUUUCUCAUUUUGAACAUGCAUAGACACUGAUGGCCAUAAUUAUGCAUUUUUAAGAGUAAGCUGUGUGAGGUUAUGAAUGAAAAGUUAUAAUUAUUUCACCUUUUAAAAUGGUUGAUUAUUAAUUGUUGAACUUGUAAGAUAUGUGUAUUGAUUUUUGAAUUUUUCUUAAAUACAAACUCUUUCUUUUUGACAUGCUUACAACAGAAAUUGAAUUUUAAAAAAAAGUUAUUUUGUAAAUUUUUAUUCUAUUAUUUUGCAUCGAUAUAUAUGUAUAUAGUUUUGUACAUAAUUUGAAGAUAAAUC